GUCUGUCUUUCUGAGACGACAAGAAAGCCGGCGCUCCCCCACACCCCUUCUCCUCCCUCCGGCUUUGCUACCCUCCUUGAUCCCUCUCACAAACUCUAGGGGGGUUGAUUACGCAUAUUUCGCCAGUCAUGAUGGACGUCUCCAGUCGGCCAGUCCCAGUGCCCGUCCCGGUGUCGCCUGGCGCGGAAUCGACCAACUCGGACGACAAUGACGGCUGCCCGCACGCCGCGCGCGUCCUGUCCCUCGACAAUCUCGCAAUCAUCCAGUCGCUCAUGGACCAGCACGUCGUCAAGCGCAGGCAGCAGCUGGCCAAGGCGCGCCACUCGUUGCCGUCGUCCUCGUCCGCGUCAGCACUUUCCGCUCAAGCUGAUCUCACCCAGUACAAGCCAAUGGUGACCGCUACCACGACCGCCGCCGUCCCAAGCAACGCGUCUGCUGCUGCGCGUGACACUGUCAAUGGCGGUGGCGAUGGCCAGCCAGCAGCAGAGGCACUCGCGCUGGAACGGGCAAUCCGGUACUGCGCCGAGUGCAAUGCACAGCACCACCACCAGACAGCGCCAGACACAAUGGCAACGAUGAUGCUUGCUCCGGAUGCUGCAAAAGCGCUUGCGGCGGCGGCUGCAUCCCUCGCGCAGACCAACACAUCUUCGUCAAGCAACAGCCAUCCGUCCAUCGCGACGCUGCAGCUCGCCCAAGCACUCAUUUACGACAUGUAUGCCAACACGGACGUGCUCGCAAAGGCAACGUACGACCCUGCGGCGGGGUCGGAUGUCUGGGUAUGUCUCUCGCCCGGCUGUCGACAUGUCGGCUGCGGCCAGCAAUCUCGCCGACACGGUUUGGCGCACUUUGAAACGCACAAGCAUCCUCUCGUCAUUCGGGCUGGCGUGCCCAUGAUAUGGUGCUACGCUUGCAACAACGAGGUGUUUAUCGCGUCGUCGGAGACCACUGACAGCGCCCCGGCCACCCCCAUUGACGACCAUGACCAACCGAGUCACGCCAACCACCACAACAACAACCACAACCACAACCACGCCAACGCGAAUCAACCCACCCCAAUGGAUACAGACGACGAUGAACGCACCAACCGCAACCGGGGAUCGGGUGGAGAGCUGCAGCGGCACCAUCGAGAUCGAACCGCCGGGUCCACCAGCAGCGGCGGCGGCAGCAGCAGCAAGCACAGCAAAGACACUGGUCUCGGCGGCCAUCGUGCCCUGCAAGUGCAUCCGCGAGCGCUGAUGGCCGAAUUGUCGCCGAACGGUGGAAUCUCCGGGCUCAACAACCUGGGCAACACUUGCUACAUGAACGCACCGCUGCAAGCGCUCGCACACCUGCGGCCGCUGCUCGUUUUCUUCACCAACUUUUACGCACCCAUCCGACCAGUGGCCCACAAGCUGUUUCACAACCAAUCUACGCUCGACCACUUGCAAAUGACCAACGACUUUUGCGAGCUGCUGAGCAACCUCUGGUCGGGCCAGUCCAUGGCGAUCUCCCCCUCACAAGUCGUUCACGAUGUGAAGCGAUUAAACCCAAGCUUCCGAGGCUAUGCCCAUCAAGACGCACAAGAGUUUUUGCGCACGCUCAUGAGCGCGCUGCACGACGACCUAAAGCGCCGAGUGCACACCGUCCCGACGGCUGCGGCUGCUGCCGACCAACAGCAACAGCAACAGCACCAGCACCAGCAACAGCAACAGGCUCACGCUGCCGAGAAAGCAUCUCUGGAUGGAAACGACUCGAUCACCACAUCCAAUCGCGGGGGAAGCGAAGACGGCAGCGAAGACAGCACUACUACUGCAGCGGCUGCUGCUGCUGGUGGUCUUACCAGCUCUGAACAUCACAGCGGAAGCGGCAGCCGGAGAAGCUUUGGUCAGCUCCGCCGAUCGCUGGUCAAACGCAUGUCCAGAAAGGACAAACGGAAGAGCCUCGAGGGCCAAAACCCUCAUCUUCCUUCAACGCAGGAGUCGGCUGCGGAGGAUGGGUCAAAGCCCGCCACUCCUGCCCUCUCACCCAGCACAUCCCAGCAGUCCACUGCCACCUCCACAGCUCCUUCGUCGGGACCUUCGAAACGGUUUUCGAGUGUCAUUAGUUCUGUUUUCGAAGGCCAGCUUCGGAGCGAAGUCGAAUGCGCCAAGUGCCACAAUAUCUCGGUCACGGUGGACAGCUUCUGGGAUUUGAACAUCCCGAUCGCUUCUGGCGCUGUCAGACGCAAAGACACGCGCGUUAUCAACGGCGAAGAUGCGCAGGGCAGCGCCAAUCAAGUUGCCCUCGUGGAAACCAAACCAAGCUGGUCGAUUCUCGGCAUUCUAAGCCAUUUUAAUCCGUUCUCGUCGUGGAAGCCAGUGGCACUAGAAGCUUGUCUUUCUGCUUUUUGCGACACGGAAGAAUUGGUUGGCUCGGAGCGCUACCGAUGCGAGCACUGCAACAAGUUGUGCGACGCCCUGAAAACGCUCUCUGUGCACGUGCUGCCCGAAGUUUUGUGCCUGCACAUCAAGCGUUUCCGUCACGACUCGUACUUGUCCUCCAAGCUGUCCCAGCCAGUGCAGUUUCCGCUGGAAGGCCUGGACAUGCGGCCAUUCCUUGCACCUGGCUCGACCGAAACCAACACCUUGUACACCUUGAAUGCCGUUGUCUCCCAUCGCGGAGGCGUCAACAGCGGCCACUAUGUCGCGUACGCGCAACAUCCGCAAUCGGGCCGUUGGUUUGAGUAUGACGACUCGGAUACAACAGAAGUCAGCGUCCAAGACGUGUUGGAUCAGGAGGCGUACAUUUUGUUUUACUCGCGUGAAUCGGCUGCCGUUGACAAGGAGCGAUCGACUGUCGCCCAACUGAUGGAGCGCGACUACCAAUCCGCAUCAGAUGCUUCCUCUGUGCGCUACAUUUCCAAGCAGUGGCUGGCGUCGUGGAUGACCCUGUCCAAUCCAGGCUCCAUCUCGAACGGGGACUUGUUUUGUGAGCAUGGAGGAGUGCAAAUCCACCUGGAGUCCGUCAUCCAAACGCUGGUGACGCCUGUGCCCGUGUCAGUUUUUCAGUACCUCCAGAACGUUCACCAAGGAGGGCCCGAAAUUAUCUCUCUUGGCUCUUGCUCCGAGUGUUGGCGCGAAGCCGAGCAGCUGCAGCAACGCCGAGACGAGGAAACAGCCGCCAUCACUCGGCUUGAUGUCUGCAAUGAACAAGGCAUUUGGUACAUUAUCUCUGCUGCUUGGCUCAAGCAAUGGCUUGAUUUCAAGAGCUCCAGAGAUCCCAAUGUUUUGCCUCCCGGUCCGAUUUCCAACGAUCGACUACUGGAUGCAAAUGGCGUUCCAUUGCCGCAUUUGAAGAAAGUCACACAUUAUCGUGGUGUCAAUCAAAAGGUCUGGGAGUACUUUAUGAAGCACUAUGGCGGCGGUCCAACCAUGGUCCGCAAGGUCAUCGACAUUCACUCGGCACCUGACUUGCCAGAGAACGAUGUGUAGUUUUAGUAGUGUUGUUACAAAACGAAAAAAAAAAAACAAUACAGUACAUGGACAUGGUGUUUCCCGAAGUUUCAAUUCCAUCGAUUCAGCAGUUUGACCCCAAAC